GGAGGCAGCGUAGCGGCUCGUGAACUCAUUUGACGCUGUGCCAAGAUACUCAAACAAACAUUCCCUUUCCAUUUGUGGGAGCGAAUCUAUAUGACAGUGUUGUUGAGUAUCUUCGUGUGUCCGUUUGUGUCUACAGUACAGUAAGUUCUGCUCACGGGCUCCUAGAAGUACUUGACGUGUGGGGUGAUGAUGCCCCAGCGUGAGGAAUGUAUCUGACCCUCUCAGUGCUGAAAGUUUUAUCUACGCUGAAUUCGUCUAGCGGUACCCAGCAUAAAGUCUUAAUGUGUCGAGAGAACUAAAUGAUUUUGGGUGGAUAUCCUAAGCCCACCAGCCUCAUUAUACCUGAACAUGGAGCCUGAGCGUUGUCUCUAACUUGGUAGUGUUGGGGUUGACAAGAGGAGGUCAAGACUACUCUGACCAUAUGACAGAUUAUUGAACAGAGGAAGUUUUCAGAUUAACCUAAAGGAUUACGGAAGUACAGCGAGAGAUUCUUAGUGUAUUGAAAAGACUUUCGAAAAGAUCGAGCGUAAUAACAGGUACAAACGUGGUGGUGCAGAAGACUGGAGGGCAUUGUACUGUUGUGUUAUGAGCGUCAUGUUCUGGCAAACGUAAGUCAAGUUGUUGUACCUGACACGUAAGGGGUCUUAUGGAACCUUGUGGUGUUUGUGUUGACUGUGCUACUAAGACCUUCCACCAUGGCGUCGCGGCCCCCUGGACAGUGUUGCGCCGGGCGCUGUGGUGUGAGUGAGGACGUGUAGGUGUGACUUAAGCGUUGGUGACGGGAGUAAACCGCCGCGGUCAUGGACGGCCACAGGAGCGGUGACCUGACGGCGCUGCAAUACAACCAGCGGUCAUCACGGUCGCUGGGGCGGUGUUCCGUGUGCUGUUCUCGCCUCGUGUCCAUUUUGUGCUCCAACAUGGGCGUGUGCGCCCUGGUGCUGCUCUACACCGUGGUGGGCGCCUUCAUCUUCACCACCAUCGAGGGUGGCGGUGACAUGGCCAUCCAGCUGGACCCCCUGCACGGCCGCCCCGCCCCGCCCCGCGACUCAGCAGUCAUGGAGUCAAUGCGUCAGCACGCACAAGGUCUCCGUAACGAGACGGUGGAACACCUGUGGACCAUCACGGAGUCCCUUAACAUCCUGUACCGCGACAACUGGACCAGAGUGGCUGAACAGGAGCUGCUCAGGUUCAGCGAGAAGCUCCUAAUUAGACUGUACGAGGAGCAACUUCCGCCCAACCCCGCGCCCACCACCGCCCACGCCUCCUACCAGUGGACCUUCGCGGGCUCCUUCCUCUACUCCCUCACCGUAAUCACCACUAUAGAGGCCAGAUAUUUCCAGAUGCGUAGUGUUGCUAGAUACUUCAAGAUGUCAAUUGUUAUCUUGUUCACCAAUAUAUUUAGAUGA